AUGGCGUUCAAUAAUGGUGGUGUAAUAUCGGACCCUCCAAAGACCAGCUUCGGACAUAAUGAGUACCAAAAUGAGGUCGACCGUAUCGACACCCUCGCUACGUCCCCGGAGGUAACGCUUGAGUCGUUUGCUGACCUGGACGAGAAGAAGAUUCUAAGAAAGAUGGACUUGAGGCUCAUUCCAAUGCUCGCUCUGCUUUACUUGCUAUCAUUCCUAGAUAGGGGAAACAUUGGCAACGCAAAGAUCGAGGGCCUCCAAGAAGAUCUGGGAAUCAGCCCGGAUGAGUAUAAUUGGUGUCUUACGGUGUUCUUCUUCACAUAUGCCGCCUUCGAAGUACCGAGCAACUUGCUGCUAAAAAAGCUACGCCCUUCCAGGUGGUUACCUUUCAUCAUGGUUAUGUGGGGGGCAGUAAUGACAUUAAUGGGCAUUGUGAAAAACUAUCAAGGUCUCCUGGUUUCGAGGCUGUUUCUCGGUGUCACUGAAGCUGGCUUGUAUCCCGGGUGUGCUUACUAUCUCACUAUGUGGUAUUCUCGCCAUGAAAUACAACUUCGACAGGCUAUGUUCUUCUCUGCUGCCUCUAUAGCUGGCGCAUUUAGUGGGCUGCUAGCAUUUGCCAUCGGAAGGAUGGACGGUGUCGCUAACUUGGAAGGCUGGCGUUGGAUAUUCAUUCUUGAGGGCCUCGGAACUAUCAUCAUUGCAAUUCUAGCAUUCUUUGUGCUGCACGAUUUCCCCGAAACUGCCUCGUUUCUCACAGAAAAGGAACGGCAAUUCGUAGUCUAUCGUCUCAAAUACCAAGGGCAGUUGCACGGAAAAGAAGAAGGACACCUACGUGUCGCACAGGCAGAGGAGUUCGAGUGGAAAUACGUGUUUGCGGCGUUUAAGGAUUGGCAGAUAUGGGUAAACAUUGUGGUAUAUUGGGGCGUGGUUUGCCCCCUUUACGGUAUCAGUCUCUUCCUCCCAACCAUUAUCAGGAAUUUAGGGUACUCUUCGAGCACUGCGCAACUUAUGACCGUCCCAAUCUACAUCACAGCGUCAAUUCUCUCUGUCGUAUUCGCAUUUAUUUCGGAUCGCGUUGGAAAACGGAGUCCGUUUAUUAUAGCCUUCUUUCUGGUUAUGAUAGUUGGAUUCUCAAUGUGUAUAACGAGCACCAACCCUCGAGUAGUCUAUGCUGGUGUAUUUCUCGUAGCUUGCGCCAUCUACCCAGCAUUUCCAGGAGUGGUCACGUGGCUGUCGAAUAACAUAGCAGGCAGUUAUAAGCGCAGUGCCGGGAUGGCCAUUCAAAUCGGCAUUGGGAACCUUGGCGGGGCGAUGGCAUCGAACUUCUACCGGCAAAGGGACUCUCCGCAGUAUGUUCUAGGCCAUACUUUAGAACUAGGAUUUAUCAGCGCCGGUAUCGUCGCAGCGUUUAUUCUGGUCAUAUCAUACGUCUGUAUCAACAAGAAGAGGGAUAGGAUUGUCCAAGACGGUGGAGAAGCUCAGUUUACAGCUCGAGAACUAUCCGCAAAGGGAGAUCGGGCUAUUACUUUCAGAUAUAUGAUAUAG